AUGGUGAUGGCCGACGAGCACUCUGCACGUUCGAGCAUCCAUGUUCUUCCGUUGAAUAUCCUCAAAGACCAUUCUCGUACGUCGAGCAAAGACUCUAAACAUUCGAGGAAUAUGUCAUCGAAAGGCAGCAAUCGAACCGGAGCAUCAGCGAACAGUCAAUCACAAAUCACACCACCAGCGACACCUAACGGCUCUCAGGAGGAUCUCAAUCAACAGAUGGAGCCGUUGCAGCCGGUAUUUCACAAUUUUCUGCGAGCGUUUUAUCCAUUUCAUCCCACAUAUGCCGUCGCGGACUCUACUGUUACUCUACCACUGAAUGAGGGAGACGUUAUUUUGGUUCACUCAAUCCACACCAACGGGUGGGCUGAUGGAACUCUGCUUGCCUCUGGCGCCAGGGGCUGGUUACCAACGAACUACUGCGAAGCUUACGACCCUGAGUCGAUGCGGAAUUUGCUAAAGGCGCUGCUGAAUUUUUGGGAUUUGUUGAAAAGUGGGUUAGCUACCGAUAACGAAGUGUUUGGCAACCAAGAGUUCAUGAGAGGAAUUAUCGCGGGUGUUCGAUACCUACUUGAGAAAUCUAAUAGUUUAACGCGCGAGUCGCCGAUUGUUCAGGGCAACGAUGGCCUUCGAAGGAAUCGGAAAGCUCUUCUAUCAGAUCUCUCAUCGCUGGUAAAAACAGCGAAGCGAUUACAGGAAUACACCGCCCGACCACCCCAGACAGAGACUGAGCCCGACGAUGUCAACAACACCGUGGAUGAGAUGAUUCUAAAAGCGUUCAAAAUCGUCAUCCGAGGAGUCAGAUUUCUUGAUGUGUGGGAGGAUGAUUGUCGGUCGCGACAACCAUAUAACCGGGUAAUGGCAACUGUUGCAGAAGAAGUUUAUAACCCCCCAACGCCUCCCGCGGAUUCGACGUCAUUCGAUGGUUCACAACAUGGAGACCCUGCAUACGAUGCGGUAUCUCGCAGGUCGAGUCGUAGUUCGGCAACCGGUUUGUCUGGUUCGCAACCAUCCGAUGAGCAGACGAAGCGACAGUCAUACAAACGCAUGUCAAGCGCUUAUUCGUCCAACGCGACAACUUCUCGUCCGCUUUCCAUGACAAGACCAGCUUCGAUUCAUAUGAAACGGCAGUCUGUUUCUCACCGUUUGUCACUUACAGCCUCAAUCCCAGCUGCACAGCGAGAAAACCUCGUCUCGGAGAAGUUAAAUUCCAGUCACGAUACAUUUCUGUCAUUUUUGGGCUCCUUCAUUGGUCGGUUACACCUCCAAUCACAGUCAGCAGCCGAGCUACUGUUCUCUGUCAAACAGUCUGUCACAGCAGGACGACAAAUGCUUGUAGUAGUCGAAGCGAUAUGCGCACACGACAGACAGAGCGGCGAGGCUUUGGAGGCUUCGCGAGCUGCAAUGUACGACCGUAUCAACAAACUGGCGGUUUCAGCACGGGAAGUAAUUAAUUCAUCCGCCAUUGAGGGGGACGAUGUGGUUAUGCCCCAACAGAAUAGCGGCCUGCUAACGGCUGCUACAAGUUGCGUUAAAGCUGCAGGAGAGUGCGUAGCCAAAACUAAGUUUGUUAUCGAACGGAUAGGUGAUUUUGAGUUCGAGCCGCAGAGCGACAAUCUUGGUACCCAUGCACCGGCUAUUGACGCUAUUGUCGAGGACCAGUCCGGUGAGACUAAGGCGUUAGAAAGUACUGAUGAAGUAAAGCCAGUAUCACCUAGUCCACCGGACAUCCCACCGGAACCUGCCAGUCGCCCUCCGCCACCUCCCCUAAUUAUUCCAACGUACGAAAAACCGCUUCCGGAAGUACCUACGAGCUCGACAUCCCCAGAUGAGGAAGAAAGUCAAUCACAUUUACUGCCAGUAAACACGAAAGCGAUGCAAGAAAAUGAGAUGGUGGAGAGUGCAACGACAGACUCCUCAAUGGGGUCAUCUAGGAGAUCACUUCUCCCGCCACUACCAAACAUGACAGGUCCCCUCAUGACGAGUGGGGACUAUAGUCCCUCAGAGAUAUCGUCCGCACACGACAGUGAUUUCCAGUCCUCAUUUAGAUCAGGUAGCAUUGCAAUUUCAAGUACAGGUACAAGUAGCACAUACCUCAGUGGGCUACGGGACUCGGAGUCGAGUAUCCUGUCACAAGCCUCAACUCGUGCCACCACCCCGGACCUCUCACAGUAUGUUCCACGAACGCAACCUUCAAUUUCAGAACUCAGCCUAUCUGGUAGUCAGUCAACGCUCGCGGACGAGAUUGAUGAAGGCGAAUCGAAAAUGCUGGAAAAGACAUUUGCGCACGAGUUACUCCAUAAGGAUGGCCAGAUUACAGGCGGAACGCUUCCAGCGUUGGUUGAGCGACUCACUACACAUGAUUCAACUCCGGAUUCCAUGUUCGUUUCGACAUUUUAUCUUACUUUCCGCCUUUUCGUCACGCCAGUAGAUCUCGCCAAAGCAUUGGUAGACAGAUUUGAUUACGUUGCAGAAAGCCCGCACAUAGCUGGGCCGGUGCGUUUAAGAGUGUAUAAUGUAUUCAAAGGCUGGCUAGAGUCACACUGGCGCGACCUGUCUGACAAUGAAGCACUCUCCGUUAUCGAACCAUUUGCGACAGAGAAACUCAGCAAGGUUCUUCCAGGAGCUGGGAAGCGUGUAUUGGAACUGGCUCAGAAGGUGACAUCUACUGAUGGACCGUUGGUGCCCCGCCUGGUCUCGUCUAUGGGCAAGACAUCAACGUCUCUCGCUCAGUACGUUCCUGCUGAUACGCCUCUACCACCCUCAUACAUGAGCAAGAGUCAGAUCAGUGUGCUGAAAAACUGGAAGAUGGGUGGCAGCAACCCAACGAUUCUAGACUUCGAUCCAUUAGAACUUGCUAGGCAGCUUACAAUAAAGGAGAUGAACAUUUUUUGUUCAAUCAUGCCAGAAGAACUUCUAGGAUCAGAGUGGACCAAACGCUCCGGCUCGAAUGCAGUCAACGUCAGAGCAAUGUCAACACUGUCCACGGACCUUUCUAACUUGGUAGCUGAUACCAUCUUGCAAUAUGACGAUGCUAAGAAGCGUGCAACGAUUAUCAAGCAUUGGAUUAAGAUUGCCCACAAGUGUCUCGAGCUCAACAACUACGAUUCCCUGAUGGCCAUCAUCUGCUCACUGAACUCUUCGACUAUCGUGCGCCUGAAGAGAACUUGGGAUAUGGUAUCACAGAAGCGAAAAGACAUGCUCAAGACCCUUCAAUCCAUCGUCGAGCCUGACAAGAAUUAUGCUGUCCUCAGACGUAGGCUUCAUGAUCACGUUCCGCCCUGUCUACCCUUCGUCGGAACCUACUUGACUGAUUUGACUUUUGUCGAUGCUGGUAAUCCUGCCACAAAGCAGCUCCCCGGUGUUGGUGAUGGCGAGGGUAUGUCAGUUAUUAACUUUGACAAGCACACUCGGACUGCCAAAAUCAUUGGUGAACUGCAAAGAUUCCAGAUUCCCUACCGGCUUCAUGAAGUCCCCGACCUUCAAGAAUGGCUUCAGGCUCAAAUUGUACGCGUCAAGUCUUCCUCGGAACACGAAAACGUACAGCAGUAUUAUCGCAAGAGUCUUCUGCUAGAACCACGAGAGACUUCACACGCAAGAACAAGUCCAAUCGAAGGACAAAGUCCAUUCUCGUUGAAUCAAAAAGAGAAGUUCGACAUCUUUGGCUGGACCCACUCGAGGGAGAAGGCGCAAUCAGCCCCAACCUCGAGCAUUUGA